CGGGGACACACACCAUCUGAGGCUGGUACCAUGGAUGUCCUCGUCCCAUUUCUGCAACUGCUGGUACUGAUCCUGACACUUCCCCUGCACCUACUGGCUCUGCUGGGCUGCUGGCAGCCCGUAUGCAAAACCUACUUCCCCUACUUGAUGGCCAUGUUAACAGAAAGGGCCAACAAGAAGAUGGAAAGCAAGAAACGGGAACUGUUUAGCCAGAUAAAAGAUCUUAAGGGAACCUCCGGGAAAGUGGCCCUGCUGGAGCUGGGCUGUGGCACUGGGGCCAACUUCCAGUUCUACCCGCCUGACUGCAAGGUCACCUGCGUGGACCCAAACCCCAACUUUGAGAAGUUCCUGACAAAGAGCAUGGCUGAGAACAGGCACCUGCAGUACGAGCGUUUCAUUGUGGCUUACGGAGAGGACAUGAGACAACUGGCUGACAACUCCAUGGACGUGGUGGUCUGCACCCUGGUGCUGUGUUCUGUACGGAGCCCAAAAAAGGUCCUGCAGGAAAUCCAGAGAGUCCUGAGGCCGGGAGGACUGCUGUUGUUUUGGGAGCACGUGGCUGAGCCUCGGGGAAGCUGGGCCUUCCUGUGGCAGCAAGUUUUUGAGCCUACCUGGAAACACAUUGGGGAUGGCUGCCACCUCACCAGAGACACCUGGAAGGACCUUGAGAAGGCACGGUUCUCUAACGUCCAAAUGGAGCGGCAGCCCGCUCCCUUCAGGUGGCUACCUGUUGGGCCCCACAUCAUGGGAAAAGCUGUGAAAUAAUCCUCCAAAAGGGGG